CGAGUGCGCGCUUUGAACAUGAUUGAUCCGCUAAUAGGACAGACGAGCAGACGUACAACUCCAGCUUUAAAUCUAUCAACGGUUCCUCUUUUCUCAUUUCUUUCCACCUCAACUCAAACGAGCUUGAUGUGAGCGAGAGGGGAAACAAGCAAACUCCAAAAAUCACCUCCUUUCCCUUUCUCACCCUCACCGAGCACCUCUCACCUUUAUUUUCGGAUUCUGGCUUUAACUCACGGCUUCACCUGAGCACAAACGACACCGAGACUUUCCUGCAACUUUAACGCACACCAGGGGGAAAAUCACCGACAGGGAAAACUGAGUUUGUUUUGUUACUUUUUCUGGCACAACGACGCGUUAAAGUUACACAAUGAGUCUGAAGUCAGAUUCAGAGACGAACACCAGUGUUUCAUUAGAGGAGGAGGUUCGAACGCUGUUUGUCAGCGGCCUGCCUGUCGACAUCAAACCACGUGAACUUUACCUGCUGUUCAGACCCUUCAAGGGAUAUGAAGGAUCACUCAUAAAACUGACCUCAAAACAGCCCGUGGGGUUUGUUACCUUUGACAGCAGGUCCGGGGCUGAAGCUGCAAAGAACGCCCUAAACGGAAUCCGUUUUGAUCCAGAGAGUCCUCAAACGCUGCGUCUGGAGUUUGCUAAAGCCAACACGAAGAUGGCAAAGAGUAAACUAAUGGCUACACCGAACCCAUCCAACCUGCAUCCAGCUCUUGGUGCGCACUUCAUUGCUCGAGACCCUUAUGACCUGACGGCGGCAGCACUUAUCCCCGCAUCCCCUGAAGCGUGGGCUCCGUAUCCACUGUACACCACUGAACUGACCCCGGGUCUGCCUCAUGCCGCUUUCACGUACCCUGCGGCUGCUGCAGCCGCCGCCCUGCACGCCCAGAUGCGCUGGUAUCCAUCUCCAUCUGAAAGUUCUCAACCAGGGUGGAAGUCACGCCAGUUCUGUUAAAAAGACCAACGCCAAGUGUUCAGUACCGGAUUUUUAAUUUUUCUCCCGUUUGAAGUAAGCGGAACUACGCUCAACAUUUAAUUUAAUCAGGUUUAUUUAAUGGACAAUCGAAACAUGAAGGAAUUUGUUCUUCUCUGAAGCGCUCUGAUGAACGUGGUGAGAUGCAGAGGAUACUGACAAACUUCACGGUACUGUCUCCGGUUUCAAACCUGCACUCGACGAGCCAAUCACGCGCAGGCGUUCACUCGUCUAGCUGCUCUAUUUGCGGUUUUAUUUUUUGGGGGGGGUGGUUUAUUCUGCAUGCAUUAAGUUAUGAGGUGUACACAGAAGCAUUUGUCUAGUCAUUUUUGCUUGUGUUGACAUGACUCCAGGUCCCAGCAAACAUAAAUAUUUUAUUGUCUUAUAUUCUCUCUUUCUCUCGCUCUUUCUUUCUUUCUUUCUUUCUUUCUUUCUUUCUUUCUUUCUUUCUUUCUCUUUAUUAAGAACUGAUGAUGACACAUGCACUGGUUAUUUGUAUCUCUGUGUGAUUUCAGAAAGAGUUUUCCAAACUUUCAGUCCUCCUGUAUCCCGAUCUCACCAAACCUCCAGUAUCGGUGUCUGCUCUGAGAAUAUUUGAACAAAAAAAAGAUAGAAAAAUGUACAAUGUUUUUGUACGUUUGUGUAAUAAUGAAUAUUUAUGCAUUAUUUUUUGUGUGAAAAGUAUAUAUGUAUGAGCAGUUUAGUGUUCCCUUGUUGUUUUGCGGUUUUCUUUGUUGAUGUUGAUUCUGUCUAUAGCCUGUUUGAAGUAAAUAAGUGCAAUUCAUGAUUUAUUUUCUUUGCUCUGGUGUUACAUACUGAAAGUUUUCUGACUGUGGCAGUACUGCGAGUUUAAAUGGACUGCUAACAUGAGAUUGCUGUAUUAUAUAACGUUUAAAAAAAGUAAAUGCUGAUUUUUCAGAAUGUGAAACUGGAGAAAUUAAAAGAGAUUUGAGGA